GCUGCGGCAGGCGGCCGAGGCUGUCGGGCCGCUGCGAUCGGCGCGGGGGGCGCCGCGGGCCGGGGCGCGCUGGCCCCGUGAGCGGGGGGCGGCCUCUCGGCGUCGGCGGGGCCCGCGGCGCGCCAUGAGCGACAUCCGCCACUCGCUGCUGCGGCGCGACGCGCUCAGCGCCGCCAAGGAGGUGCUGUACCACCUGGACAUCUUCUUCAGCAGCCAGCUGCAGAGCGCGUCGCUGCCGCUCGGGGACAAGGGGCCCGUGGAGCUGCUCGAGGAGUUCGUGUUCCAGGUGCCCAAGGAGCGCGGCGCGCAGCCCAAGAGACUGAAUUCGCUCCAGGAGCUUCAACUUCUCGAAAUCAUGUGCAAUUACUUCCAGGAGCAAAGCAAGGACUCGGUCCGGCAGAUCAUUUUCUCAUCCCUUUUCAGCCCUCAAGGAAACAAGGCCGACGACAGCCGCAUGGCACUGCUGGGGAAGCUCGUGUCCAUGGCCGUGGCCGUGUGCCGUGUUCCCGUGCUGGAGUGCGCGGCCUCCUGGCUACAGCGAACCCCUGUGUUAUACUGUGUGCGCCUGGCCAGGGCGCUGGUGGAUGACUACUGCUGCCUGGUCCCCGGCUCGGUACACACACUCAAGCAGAUCCUCAGCGCCAGCCCGCGCUUCUGCUGCCAGUUCAUCACAGCUGUCACGGCACUCUAUGACCUGUCCUCAGAUGACCUGGUCCCACCGCUGGACCUGUUGGAGGUGACUGUGAGCUGGAUCUUCGAGGACCCCCGGCUGAUGCUCCUUACCUUCCUCAACACGCCCAUCGCCGCCAGCCUCCCCAUUGGUUUCCUGGAGCUCACGCCACUCACAGGCUUGAUCCGCUGGUGUGUCAAAGCCCCUCUGGCCUACAAAAGGAAGAGGAAGGCGGCCCUGCCGAAUGGCCAUGCCAGCAGCAAGGUCACCAAGGAUGCCGUGGUGCCUGACAGGGACCCCCAGCUCCUGUACUCUAAGCUGCACCUCAGUGUACUGCAUGGCCUGGUCAUGCUGCAGGCGCACUUGAGCGAGAAGAGCCUGUAUGGCCGCCUGGGGCUAGUCCUCUUUGACCACAUGGUGCCACUGGUGGAGGAUCUGGGCCGGCUUGCAGAUGAGCUGAACCCCCUCAAUGCUUCUCAGGAGAUUGAGCUUGCCCUUGACCGCCUGGCACAAGCCUUGCAGGUGGCCAUGGCCUCGGGGGCCCUGCUGUGCACUCGAGAUGACCUGAGGACCCUCUGCUCCAGGCUGCCCCACAACAACCUCCUGCAGCUGGUGAUCUCAGGGCCUGUGCAGCCAUCCCCCCACACAGCGCUGCCCCCUGGCUUCUACCCCCAUAUUCACACGCCUCCACUGGGCUAUGGGGCAGUACCCGCGCACCCUGCCGCCCACCCGGCACUGCCUGGGCACCCUGGACAUGCCUUCCUCUCAGGCAUGACUUUCCCGUUCCGGCCUAUCCGCUAAGGUGGCGACAGGGAAGCGGCGCUGAGGACCUUCUUCUCGGAGAAAAUGCAGCGGUGACCAGCCCCCAGGGCGACGAUCACCAGCACAGCCCCGCCCCGCCCCCCAUGCAGGUCCAGAAAGGAUGGAGGAAAGGAGGGGUGUCGCACCCCGGGCAUCCCGCCGGGUGGGUGUCGGGGCAGAUGCUGCCGCUGGGCACAGAGUGGAAUGAGGCCAUGUUCCCCCUCACAUAGCCCCAGGCAGGCAUCCUGGGUGGGCUUGGUCCAGCCAGAGGCCUGGGUCGUGACUCUGCCCCCCCCAGGGAAAGGAACUUCUCCAUGUUAUUGGGGUCUCUAAAUUUUCCUUUCGUAUGUCAAAUAAAAGUUUUUUCUAAACA